AUGCCUCCUAAGAAGAAGACGACGUUGCCAUCUGCUUCCCAGCCUGAGCCAGCGAAGUCCACGCGCGCAUCGGGGCGGAAGAGAAGACUUAGCGAUGCCUCAAACGCCAGCAACGUCACCGAAGACCGGCCAUCAUCGAGUCAAGGCGCUGUCACACAAGCCGCCGCCAAGAAGAGGAAGAGAGGCAGGCCAGCAGCCACCAGUGCGGAGCCGGAAGUGAUUGUCGAGGAGGCCGAACAGGAGAUCACGCUCAGCACACACCAUGAUGAUGCUAUGCAGUUUGGAGGCGAUGCCACGAUGGAGCGUGAGCGUCCCGGCAGCAGCCGCACAUUCGAGCACUCCAUUGAGGUCCAUAACCCACGCUCAAAGCACGUGAAGUUCGGUGGUGUGGCUGAGAAUGGCGAGGAUGUCACGAGCUCGAAGAAGCUUACCACACCACACCCUGGCAAGACAUCAACUAUCACCAGACGCACGACCCAAUCACCUUCGCUUGGCGCAACUUCCCAACGUAGAAGCACAUCGCUCAGCCGCAAAUCGCUGCCACCCGGCUGGAAUGAGGAUGCUACCACCCAAGAGUCUAGCCAAGUCAAGUAUACCAUGGUCCCCUUGGCAGAGGCCCUUCAGACCCGCCUCCGCCAACGCUCUCAACUUUCCCAAGUGCAGAGCGCGAGGGGCGCACGCACGGCUCUUGAGCUCGAUCAGCUGAAGCAGGAGGCAUCGGAGAAGGAGGAGCGCAUCAAAGAAAUCGAGCUGGACUUGGUGGAACAGCGCCGAUACGCUAGCCAAGUCGACGACGAUGAAUCCCAGCAGCGCGUUAUAGCUCUGGAGGCAGAAUUGUCUGAUGCCCGGCGGGAGCACAGCCAUCAUUUGGACACUCAUGGUCUACAGCUGGACGACGGCAUGCUUGUUCUCGGUAGCCGUGAGGCCGUCACAUAUCCGGAUCUGUUUGCGAGGUCAACCACCUCCCAGGCCAAUGAUGUCGAUAUGAAUGGCGUACAGACAGAGACCAAGAUCACAAAGACCACUCGUACCUCACUCAGCGCACAGUUGACCGAGGACUGGGAUACCGAGCGCGCCAACUUCGAGAACGCCAUCCUCGCCCUCAGCAAAGAGGCGAAUGAUGCCAAAGCACGUCUGCAGAUUCUUGAGAUCGAGCUCGGCGCUUUGAGCCAGCAGGAAGGCGUCGACAUCAUCACUAUUGUCAAGAGCAUUCGCCAAUCACAUGCCGACAUUCGCGAUGCUGUUGAAGCAGUUUUCCCGGACAGUCUGCCUGAUCAUGCUACGAACCAAGACAUCAUCGAGAUUAUGAUUGCCAAUCUGCACGAGCAAGUAGAUAUUCUACGCAUCAAAGAGACUGAGGUCACAGAGCGCGAUAUGCUUAUAGCCGACUUGAGCAACCAGAUCAAUGGCCUCCUGGAUCAUCUUGCUGAGAAGGACAUUCGACUCAAGACUCUUGAUGAGCGCUGGAUGCAGCUCGAUCGUGACAACGAGGAGAAUGGACGCACUAUUGAGGAGCUUGAGGAGGAGCUUAAUGAGUCACUAGCAGAGCGUGAUGAUCUUCGCAAGCAGAACGAUGAGCUGAAGGAGGAAGUCAAGGCUCUUGGACAGGACCACGCCGAGUCUGUGAGAAAUCACGAGGCACUUCAGCUGAGCUUGGAGGGUUAUCGACGCGAAGAGGUCAGGCUGACGGAGCUUGUCGAGCGCAUGGAGCAGGAUCAUCGGGACACUGUCGCGAAGAUGGCCAAGGAGCGUGAGGAGACUGUCAACGAUCUUGAAGAUCGUCUCGAUGAGGCUACCAGACUACGCACAGAUGUUGAAGUGGUUGUCGUUGAGCGUCAGACCGAGCUCGCGGCACUUGAGCAUCAGGUCGCGGAUAUGUCUACCGAGCGCGAGGCUCUCAUCCACGAGCUGCAGACGGUGAAGGCGGUGCGUGACAUCGAGACCGACGCUCGUGAUGUCGCCGAGACUUCGCUCGAGCAGAAGAAUGCCGAGGUUGAGGAUCUAGAGGCUCGCGUUGGUCGUCUAGAGGAGGAGCUGGAAAUCCUCACUAGUCAGCUUGACGAACUCCGCAAGGUCAACGAGACCGAGCGGACACAGCGUGAGGCUGCCGAGCAGGACCUAGACGAUCGUAAUGCUGAGAUCGAUGAGCUGACACAGAAGCUCGCCAGCCAGGGCGCGGAGGCGAAUGAGUUGCGCAUGAAGAUGUUCGUGCUACAGCAGGAGCACGCGGAAAAAGUCAAGGUGCUCAAGGAGACAUUGGCUGAUCGCGAAGAGCAAUACCAAACCGACAUUGCCGACGAGGUCGCUCGCCGCGAAGCCGCGGACGAUCUAGCCCAGCAGCGCGCCGCCACUAUCCUAGCAUUGGAGACCCGUAUCGAAGAGAUUGAGCUUCAGAUGCGCACAGACCUCGCUGAGCGUGACGAGCGUAUUACACUGCUUGAGUCCGACCUCGCCGUCCGCGACAACGAGAUCGAGGAUCUGAAGAUGGAUCUCACAAGCGCGGAGAACUCGCACGAUAUCGAGAAGACUCGGCUUGAGGAUCGUCUGGAGGAAUUGGAUGGUAGUAUCGUUGCCUUGCAAGAGACUAUCAACCUCCACGAAGCCACGAUUGUCCAGCUGCAGCAGGACUCCAUCACCAUCAUUGAUCUCCACAAUUCCGAGAUCGAAGACCGCAAUGCCGAGAUCGCGGAUCUACAUGCUAGUCUGGAACAAGUCAAGAACGAACGUGCUGAUCUCGAAACCCAAGCUGCGGGCUUGGAACGCCGGGUCGAGCAGGAGGCUGAAGCUAUGCUUGACCUACAAAAUGCCAAGGAAGAUGAGAUCGACGAUUAUAAGGAACAGCUUAAGGACAAGCAGACGCUUAUCUUGGUCGUGGAGCAGAAGGCCAAGGACGCCGACGAGGCAUGGCAGGAAAUCCUCCGGGCUCGGGAAGAGGAGAUUGAGGUUUUGAAGUCUGAGGCUGUGGCUGGGGAGGAGGUAACGGAGGAAUUGACGACGGACUUUGAGGCUUUCCGCACGAGGUUCAGGGAGGUGGUCGCGAGGCAGAAUGCCACGAUUGGGAAGUUGCAGGAUGCUAUUGAUGCGGCGAAGAUUGUGGCGGAUGAGGAUGGGGAGGCGUUGAAAAGGGAGGGAGUGUUGGCUUUGGAGGAGGUGGAGGGGUUUGAUUUUGUCGGGAGGUUGAAGGUUACGAGGAGGAGUGUUGUCAGGCAGACGCAGACGUCGUCGUCGAGCCAAGUUGUGGCUGGUGGUGGUGGGAGUGGGGGCGGUUUGGUUUCGCCGCAGAAGAAGAGCGGGAAGGGGGGCAAGAAGGGGAGGAAGGUUGUGGAGAGUGGGGGUUUGCUUGAGGAGCCGGGGAUGUAG